CCAUCAACCGACACGACUCCAGCCCCCAUCCGAGUUGUCAUACCAUUUAAAGAUCAGGUCUCUGCUAAUAAUAUAGUGAAAAAACGUCUCACAGACCUCAGCUUAAAAAUCAAUACCACUAUUCAGCCCGUGUUCAUCAGCAGAAAACUCAACGAAGACCUUAAAUUUCGAGCAGUCAAGCCAGCCAUUGUUAACCAACAAUAUUUAAUUUAUCAAUUUCAAUGUAACUUGUGCGAUGCAGGAUAUGUUGGUUACACUCGCGGCCACCUUCACGAACGCGUUGACGGACACCAACAGAAAUCGUCGUCAAUUUGUAAAUAUUAUCUUAGCGAACAUAACUCGGACGUACCACCUUUUCUUUCAGAACAAUUUCACGUGCUCACUAAAGGUUCUAACAAAUUUAAUUGCUUAAUUAAGGAGAUGCUCUUUAUAAGAAAACUCAAACCAUCCCUAAACGUGCAGGCGGACUCGAUUCGCGCAAAGGUAUUCAAUUGA